GCAACCCACUCUCUCUUCAAAUAACAAGCCCGGUGCUCUCUUGCCCACUGCUCUCCCUCUUCUACAACAUCUACAAGCCGAAUAUCGAGCCUUACGAGUCCAGUCUCAACACACCCAACCGUCAAAAUGCAGUUCACCACCCUCCUCGUUGCCGCCGGCGCUGCCGUUGCCGCUGCUCAGAGCACCUCGACUCUGACUGCCACGACCACCAUGACCUACACCAUCACCCAGUGCCCCGAGAGCGUCACCAACUGCCCUUACCGCACCCCUGCCGCCAGCACCUCUGAGGCCGCUGCCACCACCGCGCCUGUUGAGGUCACCACCUCUGCCGUCGAGACCUCCACUGCCGUCCCUACCACCUACUCCCCCAUCUGGAGCGUCUCCAACUCGACCUCUGCCACCGCUGUUGGCACCAACCCCGUUGGCACCGGCGUUCCCACCACCAUUGUCAUGGUUCCCUCUGGCACUGGUGCUCAGCCUACCGGCCCUGCUGGCAACGUUCCCUCCGGCCCUUCUGGCCCCUCUGGCACUGCCCCCCCUACCGUCCCUACCAGCGGUGCUGCCAAGCAGAUGGCUCAGUCCGGCGUCCUCGCUGUCGCCGUCGCUGCCGUCUUCGCCCUUGCCUUCUAAGCGCACAUUUACACUUUUCUUUCACCUGCUUGGCGCCAACAGCUCCAAGUAGCUACUUUUAUUCCGAUUUCGAUUCUUUCAUUCUCUCAAAACCAUAUUCUUCUACGGGGACGGACGCUUGGGGAUUUUUAUAACGGUGGAUUACAAUGUGAAUAGAUGACACAUGAGUUAUUGGGUUGAUACCCGGGUUUAUCAUUUCCAACGGAUUCACUUCUGACGCUCUAGAAUGAGCGGGCCGGUGUUUGUCGACCGGGACAUUUUGUCGACGCACUGGACGGGCGCAUGGAUGCGGUCCCUGGGCUUUUUCGGUGCCCAGGCUGCGGCGAACGCUUUUUUGGAUAGGCCAUGAUUGGGCACUUGUUUGGCAUGAGACAUGAACCAAAAAGCUUUCUAGAUACCUUUGCAUUUC